GGAUCAGCCUCGAGAGGGAUAUGAUUGGAAAUUAGUGUUCAGACUCUUGGCUGCAGCCGAUUGGUUUUGUAAUUGUGCUGUUGAUGUAUUUUAUAAGUGUCCCUUCAGGAGAAAAGCGAAACUAAUGGAAUUGAAAAGGAAUUAAUUGAACGAAAGGGUGAAGAGGUGGAGUGUCAAAACUUAGAGCUAAAUUAAUGCCCUGUGAUAGUCAUGGUAUAAAUAAAGCCAGACUCUCAGACUCUGGAGGAUGUGAAGGUGCCCAAGUCAGGGAAAUCAUCAUCCAGGGACCUGCCAGAGACCACAAGAAAACAUGGGGAGGAUUUUCCUCACAGAAGAAAAAGCCAAUUCAGUAUUAAAACGUUACCCAAGAGCUAAUGGCCUUUUUGAAGAAAUAAGACAGGGCAACAUUGAGCGUGAAUGCAAAGAAGAAGUCUGCACAUUUGAAGAAGCAAGAGAAGCUUUUGAAAAUAAUGAAAAAACUAAGGAGUUUUGGAGCACCUACACAAAAGCGCAACAAGGGGAGAGUAACAGAGGAAGUGACUGGUUUCAGUUUUACCUUACCUUUCCAUUAAUCUUUGGCCUCUUCAUUAUCCUCCUUGUCAUUUUCCUAAUCUGGAGAUGCUUCCUAAGAAACAAAACUCGUAGACAGACAGUAACUGAAGGCCACAUUCCUUUCCCUCAGCACCUUAAUAUUAUCACUCCGCCUCCCCCACCAGAUGAAGUGUUUGAUAGCAGUGGAUUGUCACCAGGCUUUCUGGAAUAUGUAGUUGGGCGCUCGGAUUCUGUCUCCACUCGCCUGUCCAACUGCGACCCCCCACCGACCUAUGAGGAAGCCACUGGCCAGGUGAACCUGCGGAGAAGUGAAACAGAACCUCAUUUGGACCCACCCCCGGAGUAUGAGGACAUCAUCAACUCCAACUCAGCCAGUGCCAUUGCUAUGGUGCCUGUGGUCACCACCAUCAAAUGAAACUGCAAACUUCUUUUUACUAUAAUCAUUUUUAAAAUACUAAUGAAAGAACUUUCUAGCACUUUACCACUACAUAAAUGUGCAUUGACUCAUUUGAUUGGACUCUGACAGCAUACCACAUUUUCUGAUUUGAUUUUCAUUAGUUUUAUUUCCUACUAUAAAAUUAUUAUCCAUGCUCAUUUUUGCUGAUGGAAAUAGUUAAGAGGGAAAAACAUACUAGUGGACAUCUUCAUGUGAUGAGAUAUAUAUGUGUGUGUGUACAUGAGCCAAGUAUAUGUGCAACUGUCUUAAAAGGCCAUUAACUUCUGUCUAAAUCACCUGUAAAGAGAACAUUACUCACCAAAAUUGGAAAAAAAAGGUACCAACAAUUUGUGUAGUAGAUAGCCAGCAACAUGCUGUUGAUUUUUGAAAAUAGGAUGAACUUAGCACGUUUUCUAAUUCUUACUGGCUUUUGUUAACCUCCUCCUUCUUCAACUACCUUAAAAGGAAAAAAAAAAUGCAAGUAGUCCAUCUUGAUUUUAGGACCAUCUCAGAAAGAGAAGACAGACACAAUAAACAACUUGCUUAUAGUGUAUAGCAGGAAAAUCAGUGGUCAUUAGUGGCCUUUGGCCAGUUUUGUAGGAGGGAUGAUUUUGUUGUUGUUGACUGCCUCCUCUCCCAAAUUAAACAGCAUUUGCUUAACAUCUU